CAUCAGACAUCGUAUUUCAUCAGAAUGUUGAGUAUUUUAAAUACUCCUUCAGAAAUGACACUCAAACACCAUUCUAAUGAACUAUUUAUUGGUGAAAACCAGCCAAUUGAGUUUUCAGCAUCUCAAGCACGAGCAUUCAUGAUCAUCAUUUAAUGUGCAGGCGUAUAUAUAUAUAUAGAUGAGAAUUUAAUAUGAGGGUUGCUCAAUGAGCAGGGAAAAUUGAGUAAGAGAGGGAUUCUUGAGUCAGAAGACUGCCAUUUGGGCAUUUCUAUUGAAAAUUAGAUUAUCAACAGAAUCAAUCAAUACGAUUGUUAAUUUAAAUCGGG